AUGCGGUCCAAAUUUAAGGAUGAGCACCCCUUUGAGAAGCGCAAAGCUGAAGCUGAACGUAUUCGUCAUAAAUAUGCCGAUCGGAUUCCUGUUAUUUGUGAGAAGGUAGAAAAGUCAGACAUAGCCACCAUUGAUAAGAAGAAAUACCUCGUACCGGCCGACCUAACCGUCGGUCAGUUCGUGUACGUCAUCCGCAAGCGUAUUAAGCUCUCCCCCGAAAAAGCCAUCUUCAUUUUCGUUGACGAAGUUCUCCCACCUACCGCCGCUCUAAUGAGCUCUAUUUAUGAAGAGCACAAGGAUGAGGACGGAUUCCUCUAUAUAUCUUACAGCGGAGAGAAUACUUUCGGAAGCUGCUACAAAAUAUAG